CGGCGCGGAGCGGCGCUGUCCGGGUCCACGGCUUCGUGGCUGCCUGCUCCCGACCGGGCCGGCUGAACCCGCGGGCUCGGACGAGUCCAUGGUGCGGAACUUAGCGGCGGACUGAGUGACGGGAGAGCUGGCCUCCUGCGCUGGCGCGGCCGCCGGAGCGACGCCUGGACCUCGGCCUGAGGAGACUCCUUCACAAAUAGAGAUGAAGAAGAAAUCUUUGUAUAACCAGAAUGUGGGUGAUCAGGAGUGUGAAGAUGCGGAAGAUGAAGAAAACAGAAAUAAUGCUGGUACCUCUGGCCUUUUAUACAGUGGAGCGGACAGAUGUCCAAUAUGUCUUAGUUGCUUGUUAGGAAAGGAAGUUGGUUUUCCAGAAAGUUGUAAUCAUGUCUUCUGUCUGACCUGUAUUCUUAAGUGGGCAGAGAUACUGGCUUCUUGUCCAAUCGACCGGAAACCUUUUCAGGCCGUGUUUGAACUUAGUGCAUUUGAAGGUUGUGCUAAGAUUCAAGUAAAAAGACAGUUGAGAGAAAUAAAAGACAAGGAAAGUGAAAGGUCUUUUAAGAAACAACUCUUCUAUCAUGAAAGUUCCAAAAGCGAUAAAAGAAAAAGGAUCCUCAUUCGAGAAGAUCUAUUGUGUGAAAAAUUUCAUGACUUCAAGGUGUUGUAUAGAAACUUUUCAAACAAUAAAAUGAGGGAAAAGAAAAAUGCCACAGUAAAGACAAAGGUUCAAGGAUCAAAUCAGUGUACGGAUCCUUGUAUCGGAAAUUAUGUGUCCAGUUUGUUUUCCUCUGGCAGCCACAGUGUGGGACCUCAAACCCAUAGAGCUUCCUGUACAGAAUCUGUAGAAGUCAGUGAAAUCAAUGCAUUGAUUAGGCAAAAACGACAGGAAUUGCAGUUGUCAUGGUUCCCUAAUACAUUACCUGGAAUUGGAAGAGUUGGUUUUGUACCUUGGAGUAUUGAGACAGAAGUCCUUCCUCUGAUUGCCUCUGUGUUGCCAAGGACUAUUUUCCCAGCAAGUACCACGUCAUUAGAAAAUUUUGGUACUUUUCAUAAGGGAUAUGCAUUAGCACAUGCCCAAGGAGGAGGAGAAAAAAAGCAAACUUCUGGCACAUCAAAUACCAGAGGAUCAAGACGAAAACCUGCAACAACUGUUCCUACAAGGAGGUCUACACGAAACACAAGAGCUGAGACAGUUAGUCAGCACCAGAAGUCCCCAGUGUCAAAUAACUCUGAGUGUGAUGCCCCAGGGAAUAGUAAUUCCUCUGUAAGUAUUUCCCCUCCAGCUGAAUCAGAAAAGCAAACAAGACAGGCUCCAAAACGGAAAUCUAUAAGACGAGGAAGAAAACCACCUUCAUUGAAAAAGAAACUUCGUAAAUCUGUACCUCCCCCUGAAAAAACAACAUCUAGUGAUUCAGUAGAGGAAGAAACAGCCGACUCUGACACACCACCCAUGUUGGAGAAAGAGCAACAGUCAGGUGUGGAAAGUAGUAGCGUUUCUUCUGUUCAAACAGAUGGAGAAAAUCAUUUGGUUAAUUGCUUGAAAAGUUGCAGUGAACAGACAGAAGAAGAUGAACAACCUAAGAAUCAUGAGAUAGAAGAAGAAGUGGAAUUUUCAUAUUCUGAAUCUUGUACUCAGGAUCCUCCUGUGCUUGAUGGAGAAGAUACAGGUAUGGAGGCUAAGGAGUUAAGUGUAGACCAUGAACUUUCUACAGAUACUUCUGCAAAAGGAAGUGAUCCAUUAGAAAAAGAGCAGGCACCUGGAAGUUCAGAGUCAGAGGUUCAGGCACUUGUGUGCACAGAGAGCCCUCCUGAUGAUUUUCUUACAUGUCCAACUUCUGACAAUGAAGGACCUCAGCCAGUGUCCAGUCCCCUGGGUGAAGUGUCUGCAAAUACAGGGUCCACAGGUAAUGAUGAAAAAAUAGAAGAGAGUCUUACAGUGGAAAGUACUGAUUUGAAAGAUUCUUCAGUAAAUACAGACGGAUUUGUAGCGAGCCCCAAAUUGGAAACUUCUGAGGGUGAAAUCACACACACAUUGGACAGACACUCUGUUGCCAGCUCAGAAACUAAGUUGCCUGAGCAUGUUCAGGCUGAAACUACAGAAGUAAUUCCAGCAUGUGACACUUCAGAAAAUGAAAGUUCCGGUGCUAUUCAAGAUUGUGAAGAUAAUUCAUUAAAGCAUGAUCUUGACAACACCCACCUGGACAAAUCUUUAGAAGAAAGGACUGAAUCUCUGAUUGAAGUUCCCCUACCCAUAGAGUUAUCUAACACCGAGAUUGAACAGAGUGAGAAACAUUUUAGUGAAGAUAACAAUGAAACAGUCCCUAUGGAGUGCGACUCAUUUUGUAGUGACCAGAAUGAGUCUGAAAUGGACUCAUCUGUCAAGACUGACUCCAAACAACUGAGUGAAGAUUCUGUCGCACACAGUUCCGAAAACAACUUACCUUCUGAUCCUACUGUUGAGAAGACUGAAACUGAGGCUCAGCCAACUGAAAGCCUAGUGGAUAAAGCCCCAAAGCCUCGUACUCGAAGAUCUAGAUUUCAUUCUCCAUCUACAACUUGGUCUCCUAACAAAGAUACUGCACAAGAAAAGAGGCGGACUCAGUCUCCAUCUCCAAAAAGAGAGGCUGCAGUAGAAAGUAAGAGUUCUCAGUCACCAUCGCCUAAGAGAGAGUCUGGCAGAGGACGAAGAAAAUCUCGUUCUCUCUCACCGAAAAAAGAUGUGUCAAGAGAAAGGAGGCAGUCUCGGUCUCCAAAGAGAGAGAAUGCUAGGGAAGCCAAAAAGUCGGAGUCAGUGUCCCCAAGAAGAGAUGCUCCUAGAGAGAACCAGAGAUCUCAAUCCAGAGUGAAAGAUUCUUCCUCAAGAGAACAGUCUAGGUCCCGGAGCAGAGAGCGAGACAGUGAAAGAGAUGGGCAGAGGAGAGAUCGAGAUAGAGAGAGGAGAGCCAGAAGAUGGUCAAGGUCCAGAUCUCGCUCUCGAUCACCAUCAAGAUUGAGAACAAAAAGUAAGAGUUCAUCAUUUGGUAGAAAUGAAAGAGAUAGUUACUCUCCUCGGUGGAAGGAAAGGUGGACAAACGAUGGUUGGAGGUGUCCUCGAGGAAAUGACCGCUACCGAAGGAACGACUCAGAGAAACAGAAUGAAAACACAAGAAAAGAAAAAAAUGACAUCGUUACAGAUUCUAAUGAUCCAAAUUCCACAGAUAAGCAUAGAAGUGACUGUCCCAGUUGGGUAACAGAAAAAAUAAACUCUGGGCCAGAUCCAAGGACCAGAAAUCCUGAAAAGUUAAAGGAUUCCCAUUGGGAAGAAAGUAGAAAUGAAAAUUCAGGGAAUUCUUGGAAUAAAAACUUUGGCCCAGGCUGGAUGUCCAACCGUGGUCGAGGUGGCCGAGGGAAAGGCAGUUAUAGAGGUAACUUUUCCUACAGUGACCAGAGCGAGAACAGGUGGCAGAGCCGCACACCCCUCUCAGGGAGUGACUCCUUCAAGUCUAUGGAGCAGCAGCCCUCUAAGCGGAAAAAUGAACAAGAUCUCUCUUUCGGUACACCUGCAGACAGGUCAGGGUGGACAUCUGCAUCCAGUUGGGCGGUAAGAAAGACUCUGCCAGCAGAUGUACAGAACUAUUAUUCUCGACGCGGGAGGAAUUCUUCAGGUCCACAGUCCGGGUGGAUGAGACAAGAGGAAGAAACACCUGAACAGGAUUCUAACCUAAAAGACCAAACAAACCAAGUUGAUGGUUCUCAGAUACCUGUAAAUAUGAUGCAGCCACACAUGAAUGUGAUGCAGCCCCCAAUGAAUGCUCAGCCUCAGCCCAUGAGUAUCUUCCCAUACCCAGUGGGCGUCCAUGCCCCUUUGAUGAAUAUGCAGCGUAACCCAUUCACCAUGCACCCUCAGCUGCCCCUGCACCUCCACACAGGAGUGCCUCUCAUGCAGGUAGCUGCCCCUGCCAGUGUACCUCAGGGACCACCACCACCACCCCCUCCCCCACCAUCCCAGCAGGUCAGCUACGUCGCUUCACAACCAGAUGGCAAACAAAUACAGGGCCUUCCCAGUGCUUCUCAUGUAAGUAAUACCAUGGCUACACAGGUCUUGCCUGCUCCAUCGGCAGCUCCAGGAAGCACAGGACCAGUUCAGGGACCAAGUUCUGGUAAUGCUUCGUCAUCAAGUCACGUCCAGGCCUCUAAUGCUGCUGUAAAAUUGGCAGAAAGCAAAGUAAGUGUUCCAGUGGAGGCCAGCGCAGAUAGCUCCAAGACAGACAAGAAAUUGCAAAUUCAAGAGAAAGCAGCACAGGAGGUAAAAUUGGCUAUUAAGCCCUUUUACCAAAAUAAAGACAUCACCAAGGAAGAGUACAAAGAGAUCGUACGGAAAGCAGUGGACAAAGUUUGUCAUAGUAAGAGUGGAGAAGUCAAUUCUACUAAAGUGGCAAAUCUGGUUAAAGCCUAUGUAGACAAGUACAAAUAUUCACGGAAGGGGAGCCAGAAGAAAGCUCUGGAAGAACCCGUGUCUACUGAAAAAAACAUAGGCUGACAUGGGGAGCGCUGUAAAGGACACUGUCAAGAUAUCUGCAAAGUGCAAUUCAACGUGUACCAACUGUGAUCAGAAUCUGGUUUUGAUAAAAUUAUUUUUUUUAUUGUAGGAUAUAAUGUUUUGUUUUAAAUAUAGCUGUGCACUGCAACUUCUAUAUCUAACCCCACCCCCAAUAAAAUAAAUUCAAGGGAAAAUUAAGGGUGUAAUGGAAUGUGCGUUUUUAUCAGGAAUGUGUUCUAAUGUGGAUACUGAAAGAUGUACAACUUCUUAAGUGGAGUGCAUACAUCAGAAACUUGUAGGCAUAUCUAUAUAUCUAUGUAUAAUACAUUUAUUCUGUCAGGCUGAAAAGUAACAUGAUCUUCAUGACUCCCCCACCUGACUGUAGAAAUUGGAACAAUGUAUUGCAACUAAUAAUAUUUCUGAUAUUAAUAGAAUAAACCAAUUACAGGUCCCUAAUGUAUUUUUGAAGCACAUGUCUGAGUAAAUGCUUAGGUAAAAAGCAGACCAUCAUGAGAUUUAGCUUCAAGCCUGCAGGUGCUCCUCUCCUGCCGGCACCAGCUCAAGGUCACACUGUGUGUGUUGCUUUUGUGCUCUUCUCUCCCACCCAGAAAAAACAAUAGCAGUUUGAUUUGCUGGAUGACAACUUUGCCAGGUCAAAGCUUUGUUGAAUUUAGAAGACCAAUAUGGGAGACAGCUAGCUUUAAAAACUUUGUUCUUUUAUUUUAUCUUCUGUCUAUCAGUGAUGGUGAAUUAUUUGUGCCAAUUGGAGAAUUGCUCAGAGAUAGGCUAUAGGUCAGCUGUCCAAUCACAGUGCAGUUCUUCUCACACUGCAGAAGUUUCCGAGUGCUUACAGUGUAUGAAGUGUUAAUCUGGUAAUUGAUAGCCAUGCUGCAGAAAUCUAGGUGUUAUUGUGUCUGACAGAAG